AUGGUGUUACUGAUGAUCAAACAUCUUUGUUUACGAUUUUUUGUUGCAAUAAUUGUCUUGGCAGGCGUAAUUUAUUACUUUGAAUAUAUUAGGAUCAGUAUAAAAAACUUAACCAAAUACACUGCUGCAACUGAUUAUCAUUCUCAUAUCAGUGAUGAUAACUUCCACCUGGAAAAACAGGAAUUGCAAUAUCUCAAACAAUUCGACCACCUAUUUUGGCUUCGUGAUAUCAUUCCCAACAAAUAUGUUUUCGGUACCUACGAUAAUUCAGAAAUUUCGGUAGCAAUCGGAAACAUCAUUGUUUAUCGAAUGGUAAAUUCGUCAAAUGAAGAUUAUGUAAAAUUUCAGCGAAAUGAAGAUCUCCGAGCUGCUUAUGGCUUAUACGCAAUUAAGAAAUAUGUGUUCGAGCGAGAAACAUGGAUACCAGCGAACAAAGGAGAAUUCCUUCGAAAGUGGGACAAUGGAAGAUUCCUUGAUUGCAUUAGGUUGAAUAUUUCGAAUAACUGGAAUAAAUCAGUCAUUCCUGAUGGUUAUGUCAACAAUAUGGCUGAAUUUCGGGAUUUUCUCGAAUCCUACGCAUCGACACCAUUUCUUUUCGGCGGCACUCUUCUUGGUUGGUACAGAGAAUGUUCGUUUAUCAAAGAUACGACGGAUGUUGAUAUGGCGAUGAAAAUUACUUCCCUUGAUCUAAAGAUGUUGAAAAAUAUGGAGAAGUCGAGUGAUUUUAAGCUUUUUUGGAUCCUCGGAAAAGUCAGCGAUUCAUUAGAACUGAGCGUUUAUUCGGGAAGCAUCAAAAUAGAUUUAUUUUUUCUGUACGAAAGCAAGGAUUCUGCUUGGGUGGGUGGAAUGAUAGUUAGCAAAAGGAAGAAAUUCCGCUGGAUUUAUCCACCCAUUUCGCAGAUUUGCACAGGAGAUCUACUGGGAAGGUUAUUUCAUGUGCCCUGCAAUGUUGAGAAAAUACUAAAGGCGGAUUACGGUAAUUGGCGAGUACCUCAUCCAACAGCAAAUUUCACGUGGUACCAGUCUCAUAAAAAUGUCAAAGAAGCUGGCUAUUGGAGCGAGAGUGAAUGGAAUGAUACCUACAAAGUAUUCUGA